AUGCCUUUCUCCCCAGCCUGCUGCCAGCUGCUCCAGCUCCUGCUCUCCUUGCUGAUCCUCAUCUGCAGCUCCGUCUCCUACAACGACUCCGGCGGCUACACAGGUCUCUUCAGCUUGGGCGGCCUUUACUACUACGAGUACGGGGGCGCCUACAGCGGCUUCAGUGGGGCCGACGGGGAGAAGGCCCAGCGGCUGGACGCCCAGUUCCACCAGCUGAAGCGGCCGCCGGCCCGGGCGGCCAUGGCGGUGGGAGGUGCCCUCCUGGCUUUCACUUGCCUCCAGAUUGGGGCCGGACUCUGGCGGGUGCCCUGGCGCUGCCCGGCCUGGCUGAUCGCCGAGGCCUUCCUGGACGGGGCCGUUGCCCUCGGCCUGGCGCCUGCCCUUUACUUCUAUUACCAACACCUCCACGCCGUCUAUUCCUCGCCGGUGUGCAAAGAGCGAGAGAGCCUCUACAGCAGCAAAGGCUACCGGGGCUUUGGCUGCGGCGUGCACGGCGCCGAGAUAGCUGUGGGACUCUUUGCCGCCGGGGACGCGGUGGCCUUCCUGCUCACGGCGUUCCUGGCUGUGCGGGCUUUCCGCACCAUCCGGAGUCUCCGAUCAAAGCCGGUGGACGUGGACGACCUCUAGCCGGUCCGCUUUGGAGAAGCUGGAGCUGAGGUCUCGACCAAGUUAGGCAGGGUAGUUUCAGAAUAUGGGGGGUGGCGGGGAGCGCAGGAGCCCGCUAAGCCGGCAGAGAAGUGCCUUAGUACUGCGUACCAGGGAGGAUGCCAUCUUCAGAGUCAGGACGUUUGGCGUUAUUGGGAACCCCCUCCCUCCCCCAUCCCCAUAGCCGCACUGAGCCAUUGCAGCGAUGAGUAGACUUCUCACCCGCCGCCCUAUUGCCUUACCCAAAUGAAAGUGCGCACACAAACACACCCCAAUUCCAUCUUUGGCCUGUGAAGUCACUGCAGGGUCCACGUCUAGCAAUCCCUUGAGCCCCGGAUGGAACGAUUCGAGUCUCAGAUGGGGUGGUGAAAAGAUCCACGCACACCACCUUCCUCUGCUCUUCUAAAAGGACAGCUGGGACUCCCCAUUUCUGCCUCUGAGGAGCUUCUCCGGGACAACCUCUUUCCAAGUGCAAUUAUGAAAUGUACAGAACUUUUGAAAUGGCACCCCAUAAUAAAACUACUGAUGGUUGUGCCUUUCUUCAAGCCACGUCCUUCAGCUGCUCCUGUGAGCAGAAUGUUCGGGGUGGGUGAGGGGUGGAGCCGUUAUUGACCGCAGCAAAUGGUCCAGUGGCCUCUUAUGGACUAGUAACACUUCAUUUGGCAGAUGUUUCUGUGGCCUGUAACCCAUUUCUUCUUCUUACAUGGGCAGUGGGUCUAUGAAUGAUAACAAUGUGCCAGCAAGUUGAUUCUGACUUAUAGCGACGUUUUCCAGGCAUAGAGUACUCAGAAGUGGUUUAGCCUUCCUUUCUUCUGGGGUUCUGCAGCUCAACCAAGGCUACAGAGGCUGGGUCUUCUUCUAGGAGGAAGAGCAGUGAAUUGAACUUCCACCUUUGGCUGUGCACUCAAGCACCCAA